CUCUGUAGACUGUAGUCUGUACUCCAUAAAGAGGAUUACCGCCGGCGGCCGGGCUCUCCUGCUAGAUACGCACAGAGCUGAGACACCAGCUAUCUAGCCACCGGCCCAGCAUGGAAACGGAGCAGCCGAUGAGGAUAAGCUGCAAGGCGAACAGGAGCUUGAACGCGGCCAUCCGCGACGGUAAGGUGAUUCUCGUCCGUGCCGACCCCAGCGAUAAAUCUCAGCACUGGAUCCAGGACUUCGACAAGGUCGGGAAGGUGACCGAUGACCAAGGCCGCAGGGCGUUUUCAUUGGUGAACAGAGCCACAGGGCAAGCCCUGGUGAGCAAAGGCUUCAACAUGGAGCUGGCCGACUACAAGGGAGGCCAUGAACGCGUGAAGCUCUCGAUGCUAUGGUCGCUGGGCGUGAAGCUCGACGGCGGCUUCAGCGAAGUAAGGGUGCUCAGAAACUUGGCCAGAACGCUCAACGCCUUGGGCGGAAGUCCCAUCAAGGAAGAAACUGACGUUGGGAUCUUUAAUUCGGAACCGCAUUAUGCUCAUGCCCUCUGGGAGAUUGUUCCCAUUAACAAGGUGUGAUCCUGAGCUACCUUAGCUAAGUACUGCUUGUGUAAUAAACGUGUUCUCGCACUCACCCAUGUUCACAGCAAGCUUCGUUUUGGACAUUGAUUGAUAUAUGGUCUGGAAGAUGAUACUCCGUAUAACUUUGACCACCAUUUCCAUUGUUAUAUACUCACUCUGAUUCUAAA